AUGGAGAAUUCGGCGGUUAGUGAAUUGAGGUCAAGGUCUCGUUCGAAAACACCCUUCCUGAGAUCUAGCUGCGACCAUGAGAACUGUAUGGGUGGAGAGGAUCACGCUCAUCAUAAAUCAGGCCGUAAAACACCUGUAAAACGAAGCACUCCAGUUAAACAAGUAAACCAAACUUCAAGUAAAGUGACAUCAGAGGCUAUCACAGAAGUUGAAGAGGAGUACACUUCGCCUCCUGCCCAUCGCACGCGACUUUCCACAAGAAGUAUUGGCGACAAACUAACCAAGACUUCCGACUACUCUUCAGAGGAGAGUCUUGAUAGAUUGAAGGGGCAUGGAAAGGAGAUAUUCCAGAAUGAAAUCAACAGUCAGUAUGAACGGGUGUCAACGAGUUCACAGCGCUACCUUUCGCUGUCUGACGUCACACUCAGCCCGAUUCACACUUCACAUAAUUUGACUCAUGAUCGGUCCCGGUCUCGUAUAGGAAGUCCAGCCUACAGCGCAUGUUCCACAGACAGUUCGUUCGCCGAGCAGGCGCUGGCCGAUACCAGUCUGCUGUUGGAACAGAACCCUGACAGCCAGCACCUCCCGUCGAGAUUGUACAAGAUGGCGCGCGAGUAUUGGAACAAAUACCCAAAGACGGACUACACGUACUCACCGCUAUCAAAAGAUCGAGUAGAACUGGCACCUGGUCAAGUAGCCAUGCCGAACAUGUCGCGACGCUCGCUGUCCCAAUUUCGUAUCCAGGGUCCAAACACCAGCGUGGACGAGAUCGACCGCCUCUCUGCUACUACAUCCUGGACGACCGGCACACUACGGAAGCGGUAUACAUCCAUAGAAAGUUCGGAUGAUGAAACGCAAUACAUUAACAAAGGAGGCUAUCACAUUGCGGAACAGCGGUGGUGGAUCACAACACUACUGAUCUCAAUAAUCUCCACUAUCACAACAACUACGAGCAACGCGUAUAGGAAAGUUGUAGGUCCUUCGCACCGGUAUCCAUACACUGAUCGAAGACCUGCUCAAGCGAGCUUACUGUCGCGGUCGGCGUCAGUUGCGGCGGCGCCCUUUACCUGGUUAUACACACUUAUCAAGACUAUCAUCACCACCACUGUCACUACUGUGACAGAAACUGUAACAUCAAACCACUUGGAACAAAACGAGAAAUACGCAGCGCGGUACCAGGCGAAAGCCGUUGUAAAACGUCGUUGGUGGCCAUGGUUCCUUCUAUUGCUGUUGCCAGCCGUCGCAUAUGGAUGGUAUAACUACGCGGAUCAAAUACUUCCUCAACAGACCAUCGUAGUAGAUACUUACAAACCUCCUGUUAUAGUCCAAGAUUCAGAUUUAACGAAACGUAUUGCAGCAUUGGAACAAUGGGCAUUGAACGUUGAUUCACGAUUGAAAUAUUUCGACCAAAAGCUAUCAAGAUUAAACAACUUCGAGACUCAAAUUGAACAGUAUUCGCUCAACCAUUUGCAAAACAAUUUGAUCAAUGUUUUUAACGCAAACGACAACGCUUUUGCUGUGGCUGAAAAACUCAAACAGUAUUUCGAUAAAGAGUAUAUUUCUAAAGAACAAAUGGAUGCCAUAAGUCUAGAGAUUGAGGCGCGUGUUGCCAGCACUUGGAAACAAGGUAUGGACGAAGACAGAGUUCGUCAGUUGAUUCAGGAAUACGUUUCGGUGUUUGAGAGGAGGCAGUUAGAGAUAAUAAGAGAAAAAGUGAAGGAAUACACAAAGGAGAUCGAAGUAAGGACAGAGCAUAGAGGAAUGGAUUUGGACAUUGAAGCAGUGAAAAGAGUUGUUGCGGGAAUGCUGGAUGUCUAUGACGCUGACAAAACCGGUUUAGUUGACUACGCAUUAGAGUCUGCAGGAGGGCAAGUGGUCUCCACGAAAUGCACAGAGCUAUACCAGAUUAAGACGAAGCAGUACAGCAUCCUUGGUAUGCCCGUACUUUGGGUGUACACGUCCCCGCGUUACGCGCUGACCCCAGGCGCUAUGCCCGCCGAGUGCUGGGCUUUCCAAGGAUUCCCUGGAUACCUGGUGGUGCGCACUUACGCGAUCAUCGAGGUAACAGGCUUCUCUUUGGAACACAUGUCGCGGUUGCUUGCUGUUGACGGAAAAAUCGAGUCUGCGCCUAGAAACUUCUCUGUAUAUGGUCUACACGGCGAAAUGGAUCCGGAACCACAUCUAUUCGGCGACUACAUGUACGACUCAAACGGUACAUCGAUACAGUACUUUCCAGUGAUGUAUCCUAAAACGACGAACAUCGGAGGAGUAGAGUAUCCAGUUGCGUACGACAUGAUAGAAUUGAGAGUGGAGAGCAAUCACGGUAACCCUACUUACACUUGCGUUUACAGAUUCAGGGUCCACGGAAACCCUCUCUCAGACAUUCGCAGGGCGACAGAGGACAGUAUAAAAGACAGUGAAACGUAG